AUGACAAAAGAAGACCACAAUGGCCGGCGCCUGGCGCGGGCGGAAGCCCUGGCCCGCCAUUAUGGAUCGAAACCCGGCGUGUUCUACGUGGACGCCUCCGGCCCGCACCAUGGGGGAUGGUAUACGGCCGCUGUCGUCCACGAGAACCGAACAGUUAACGGGCUCACUUUCCGAGCCCGGGACAUAAUACACGCGGAGGAAGUCGCCAUUGCAUUGGCAGCUUGUCACCCCGCAUCGCAAACCAUCAUCUCCGACUCAGCGCGGGCGCCUCGGCCCCCCUCGUCCGCGGUCCCGGGGCGGAUCGUGACACUGGCGACGAGUACAGUCAACGUGUCGACCCAGGCCAUCGAGAGCGGCAAAACAACGCCCCCCGCAUCUGCCGCCAUGCCGCUGUACGGAAGGCUCGAGCCGUUCGAGGGAGACGGGUCCGCCUGGCCCAUCUAUGAGGAGCAAGUUCACGUGUUUUUCCGCGCUAACGACACGCCCGAGGAGAAACAGCGGGACAUUUUCCUGGCAAGUUGCGGAACCCAAGUCUUCAGUCUCCUGCUCGACCUCCUAAAGCCGGCUACACCGCAUACCAAGACGCUCAGCGAGCUGCUCACUACCCUGCGCUCGCACUUCAGUCCGGCGUCGUCCACGCUAAUGGAGCGUUUCCGCUUCAACAACCGGAGCCGCCGGGAAGGGGAGAGCCUCGGGCAGUUCGUCGCCGCGCUACGAGGUUUGGCGAGUACCUGCGCUUUCGGGGACCAGCUGGACUCGCUGCUACGGGACCGUUUCGUCUGCGGCAUAAACAGCCCCGCCAUGCAGACACGUCUCCUGGAACUUCCCGACCCCUCGCUGGACGACGUGGUGAAAGCAGCGCUGGCGAUGGACGCGGCGACAAAAGACGCCGGCGAGAUUGCGCGUGCGGCGUCAACAGAAGCGGCGGUCAACAAGAUGGUGGCAAGGGACGGUAUAUGCAGUCGCUGCGGUGACGCCCAUUCCCCCUCACAGUGCCAGUUCGUACAUUCGCAGUGCUUCACGUGCGGAAAAACGGGGCACCUUGCACGAGUAUGCCGAACGGGGAAGCAGAACAGCGCACCACAGCAGCAGCCUGGAUCAAGCCCAGGUUCCACAACAGCCCGCGGUCAGGGUAGGCGUCGCAAGUGGCGGCGGGGACGUGCGGCAGCAGGCUCGGGUUCCUCCGCGGCCAGGCUCAACGUCGUGUCCGAGAACCCGCCGAUUUUCGACAUGUGGCACACAGGCCUUGUCCCGUCGUCUGUGCCGCCGUACGUGCUGACCGUCGAAGUUUGCGGGCGCCCCAUUUCCAUGGAACUGGACACGGGGGCCAGUGUGUCGGUCAUGGCUGGCAAACUUUUCAAAAGGACCUUCCCCGGAGUGGCCGUCGAGGCUUCAGGCGUCAUGCUGCGGAGUUACUCUGGAGAGCUUUCCCAGGUCGAAGGCCAGGCCCAGGUCAGCGUUCGUUUUGGCAACAGGGAAGCAACCCUUCCUCUGUAUUUGACCAAGGGGUCAUCACCGACGCUGCUCGGCAGAAAUUGGAUUUGCGCACUGGGUGUUCGGCUGCCAGAAGGCCAGGAAGCAGCCCUACAUGGCUUACAAGACAUCCCGAGCCUCCUAACAGAUUUCCAGUCACUGUUCCAGCCAGGGGUGGGCACAUUCGCCGGUACGACUGCUGGCAUCCAUGUACCCGAGGGAGUCCAGCCUCGGUUUUUCAAGCCUCGCCCGCUGCCGUUCGCACUGAAGGACGGGGUAACCCAGGAGCUGCAACGGUUACAGCGAGAAGGCAUCCUGGUACCAGUUAAGACUGCGGAGUGGGCCGCUCCCAUCGUUCCAGUCCCCAAGCGAGAUGGUAGUGUCAGAAUCUGUGGGGAUUUCAAGGUUACGAUCAACCCCGUCGCUACCGUCGAAAAGUACCCCCUGCCUCGGAUUGAAGAUCUCUGGUCGGCUUUGUCUGGUGGCCAGAAGUUCACGAAGCUCGACCUCAGAGACGCGUACCAGCAGUUGGUGCUCCAGGAGGCCUCACGGAAGUAUGUCACGAUAUCGACAACUAUGGGGCUUUUCCAGUAUACGCGUUUACCAUUUGGAGUGACCUCGGCACCAGCCAUCUUUCAGAGAGAGAUGGACAACCUCUUCAGGGGCAUGAAGCACGUGGCAGUGUACUUGGACGACAUCCUCGUCACCGGUAUUGACGAUGGAGACCACAUGCAGAAUCUGCACACGUUCUGGCCCGACUUCAGGAUGCUGGUCUCAAGCUCAAGCGGGAAAAAAAAAGAUCAGAGGUUUCAACUUUGCCAAGCUUUACUUUCAGUUAAAGACUAUGAAUCAGCCACAAGGCACCUGGCUGAAUACCUGGCUGUCAAUGACAAACAGGCUUCUGCACACAAACUUAUGGGAGAGAUUCAUGAAGCUGCAGGACGGCUUAAGCAAGCUUUGCAGUCCUACAAGCACUCCCUGGCUCUUGAGGAAAACCAGAAAGAUGUUGUCCUGAAAAUUUGUGAAAUCCACUGUGAAUUGCCUGCUGACCAAGAGACAACUAAGUAUUGGCUGGAGCGAGCCGAGAGCCUUUUUCCUGGCCACAGGAUUAUUUUUAAGCUCAAGGAAAGUCUGACGAGAGCUAGAGGAGAACCAGAUGUGAAGGACAUGGAAAACCUCAUCACGUCAGAACUGGUGACCCGUCCGCUGGAUGUGGCGCUGCGCGUGAAGCUGUUGAGGUUGCUGCUGAACUCGGGUCGUGUCCUGGAUGCCUACAAGCAUGCACUGCAGGCGGAGGAGGAGCCCCAGUUUGGUGCCGAAGCCUUCUACUCACUUCCAUGGCAGCGCUGCCUGGCUGACGUAUUCGAGGCGUACCAAGAGAACCAGGCUGGCCCAGUGGAUGAAUCCUUUCUUGCCAAGUACCUCCUGACGCUAGACCAGCUAGCCUCUUUGGCACUGACCAACCCAAGCAGCUCUGCACACGCUGCCAUACCUGGUCCCCUCAAUGGAGAGUCGGCCAAGCAGGGGGAGCGGGCUGCUGUGGAGGAUGCCAUCAGUGCCAUUGAGUCGCUGGAUGGUUUGCUGGAUAAGGCCCAUAAGAAGAAGUGGACGCGUGGUGGGGCCUGGGACUUCGUGCUACAUCAUGUCACAGGCCAGCUCUACUUGCACAUGGCCACACUGCUGCUCAAGAGGGCCUGGAAGGAGAACUACAAUUGGCAAGAAGCUCGCAGUUGGGCUGCGGCUAUGCUGCUGAGUGCGUACUCGUUACGUCCUCCAACUGGUUUGUCCCAGGAAUCGUGGUUCCUGGCACUGGACUCUGCCAGGCAGAGGCUUUAUCGUCACGUCUUUCUACGAGCUCACCACCGGCUCUCAGUUUCUGGUCACAUUGUGCAUGUUCUCUGUGAAGUCGAAAGCAAGUCUCGUUGGCUGUCUGAUCUCAAGCAGGAAGCAUGCACACCUGAGGUGCGAAAGAAAAUCUACAGGAGCCUUUUUGAUGGAGAAGGCACCGCGUCGUGGUUUCUCCAUGACCCAACCCUUGUCAAAUGUGCCUUUGAGUUUCCGACCAUUGCGGCUCUUCAGGAGCAUGAUCAAGAGUCACAAUGGCUGCAUCCUUCAUCUCUUAACCAUCUGGUCUGGCUGGCCUUGCACUGGAGUUCAAUACAAGACAAAAAGUUUAAGGGCACUGAGCACUUUUUCGAGGUGCGAGUGUUUGAGAGGCUACAGCGAGAGCCUCACGCAUUUAACUCCGGGGCAGCGGAGACAUUGAGCCAAAUGGAUACUUUGGCAUUCCUGGAGGCGACGCGGUACUGUGCAGCUCAGUCGCUGGGCCGGAAGUCUAUGCGUCCCUCACAGGGGCCCUUGGCACUUCCUCCUCACGUGGGUGUGCAGCUGUGCACGGGUCCUCAAGCCGAGUGGUGGAAUGCUGCCUACCGACUACACACCAGCACUGCCAGGGACAGAAUGGCCGACUACAGGCGCCUUCUACAGAGAGGACUUGAAGUAAUCCGUGGAAUUGGAAACCAUGGCAUGGACCUUACCCUGGUUGUUCGUUUGGCUAGGACAUUUGCAAACAGGUCCUCAUCCAUGCGUGCUGAUGGCCUGGAGGAGGAGUCUAAGGCUCUCGAAGACCGGGCGGCACACUAUUGGGAAGUUGUCAUCUCUAUGCUGGAAAAGUCUGGCAGCCCCAGCAGCCCAUUGUCGGCAUCGCGCCGGCUGUUUUGUGUGCCGGCGGGCGCUGUGACGUUGAGUGGCCCACAGGAGACGAGAGCCCUCAAGCAGGAGGCCAAGAUGUUUCUGGCUGUACGUGCUAUGAAUGCGGGCUGUCUGGAUGAGGCCGCUGAGAUGCUGUCGCAAUUGACUACUGCACAGGCUGCAUUCUACACUGCCCUCGUGAUGAAGAAGAUGGCCCAGCGGGAGUCUCCCCAGCGGGGUGUGCAGCACGCACUGCUUCAGAGAGAAAGAGCUGCACUGCAGCUUGCCCUUGAGCGUGGCCGCCGGGAGCCUGACCAGGCCCUGGCGUCUGCUGUGCGCGCUCAGCUGGAUGACCUGGAGGGGCGACUCGUAAAUAUCUCGAAUGGCUCCUUCAGUGAUGAGGCAGCAGAAACAUCUUGGGCACCAGAUGUCACAUCCACGCCUCGGUCCACCCAUGUUAGUUUCGCACGUAGGCCUCAACAGAGCAGCACCCCACAGGUUGACCGAAGCUUUUACCCAUCCCGUGCUGAUGUGAGCCAUUCAUCUGUGUCAGAG